AUGAUUAUUCUUAUACAUAUUAGCAACAUAGCAUCAAUGUUGUUCCAAAAGCUUUUGAUGCAGCUUAUGAAUACGAGUGUAGAAAUCCUUGUCGUUGAUAUAAGCGGUUUCCAGAACGAAAUCACAUCUCGGUUGUGUACAUCAACUUCUGUCGGCGUUGUGCUGAUUUGCAUUACCCUACCCGCGGUCAUAGUGAAAGUGAUGUGCCCAUUCUUCGCUCAUCGAGUUCUCUACGGGAUUCGUCACUUCAUGGUUUGCGCUCUACAAAUAAUUUCUUUGCUGGUGGUUGUGUUUGCAGAAUCCGCUCCACCAGCGUUGGUCGGCGUUUGCUUUGCAUUCCUUUCAGGUGGAUUAGGCGAGUUCACCUACCUAGGCUUGGCCGGACACUAUUCAAAGUUGUACUCACUUCCUGAUGAUGGUCAUCUCUAUUCCAGGGAUACGGUCGCCACUUGGUCGUCGGGAACUAGUACGGCUACCUUGAUUGGUGGCUUCUCAUAUGCCGAACGACUAAAGAUUAUUCAGGCAGAAUCUAUUUGUUGGGAUGGUUUUAUCAAAGAGGACUCAAUAAGCGUAUCGAAUAAGAUUUCCGGUUUUUUAAAUAAAUAUUCGUUUCAGCUAGAGCUCAUCACAUUUGACUGCAAACACGGCUAUGACACUAGCCCGAGAAGUCAGCACAAAUGGUAUCAGGUGAUGUACCAAGUUGGAGCAUUUGUUUCAUGGUCUUCACUCAAACUCGUUCAGUUGAACAUAACCUUUAUUGCGUUGUUACCUUUGCUUCAAUUUCUGAACAUGCUUUUGAUGAUAUUAAAUGCGAUUUAUGCCUUCGUGCCACACUUCGGUGUAAUGUGCGCCAUCAUUCUGUACGAGGGUCUCAUCGGUGGCGCAUCGUAUGUAAACACUUUUUAUCACAUACACAGAAAGAAAAGGCAGAGACCACUGCCGUUUGUCUUCAUGAGUGUGUUGGCGAACAUAUCGUCGAAGCGAAUGCAUUGUUUGCAGGCUGACGCCUCCAUUCGCGAGUUCGCUCUGUCGACUGUCAUAAUCUUCGAUACGCUUGGCAUCCUUGUAGCCGAUAGACACCAUCAAUUGAUAGAUCCGAGAAGUAUUGGCUGUGCCGAAUACUUGAACCUUUCUAACAGAGCCGUGCAUAUGCAGCAGAUCGAGAACAACAUAAUGAACUCGAACGAUAAUGAAAAAGGUAGGAUUUCAUCGCUACAAGGGCGAUUCAUACUCCUCCUUUAA